AUGUCUAUCAAUAGUAAAUUUAGUGAAGACGAAAAUUCACCUUCCAAGGAUUGGGGUCAACUUGUAAUUUCACCGAAUAUGGAAUGUAUCGUUACUCUUAAUGAAGAUAAUUCUUUAACGGUAUGGAAUGUUUAUAUUGAAGAUGGAAUAUUUGAAGUAAGUAAACAAGACAAUAAUGACAAUAGAAACAUUUCACUGCGUGGAUUAUCAAACGACAAGUUGUUGAUUUUUAAGGAGUAUAUCUGCAAUGCCUAUGCUACUUAUCGUAUCCGCAAUAUGGAGACAUUGGAAGAUAUUAGAAUAAUUAAUGAUCGAGGAUACACAACUUUGCAUCAUCUUCCAGAUGGAGAAUUUUUGUCAUUACAAUCACGAUAUUUACAUAUCUAUUCACGAGAAUCUUUAAAAAAAUCAAAAAAAUCACCGUGCUCUUAUAAGUCAAAAUUCUAUCUCUGGGGUAUAGAUUUUGUCGAUUUCGUGGAUAUUAAAAAGUUGAAGAUUGGGAUCGUAGAUUGA